CUCUCUCUCUCUUCUUCCCUCCCUUCUUCUUUCUUUCCCCCCCUUUCCCCUACUCCCUCUCCCUCCCUCCUUCCUUUCCUGCCCCACUCUUCACCCUCUCUUUUUCCUUCUUUUCCUCCCUCCUCCUACCCUCCCUCUUUUCCUUCCUUCCUUCCUUCCUUCCUUCCUUCCUUCCUUCCUUCCUUCCUUCCUUCCUUCCUUCCUGUCUUCUACUCUUCCUUCCCACCCUCCCUCCUUCCCUCCCUUUCCUUUCCUUUUCUUCCCUUCCCUUCCUCUCUCCCUCGACUUUUACCUUUCCUUUCCUUUCCUUUCCUUUCCUUUCCUUUCCUUUCCUUUCCUUUCCUUUCCUUUCCUUUCCUUUCCUUUCCUCUCCUUUCUUUUCCUUUCCUUUCCUUUCCUUUCCUUUCCUUUCCUUUCCUUUCCUUUCCUUUCCUUUCCUUUCCUUUCCUCUCCUCUCCUCUCCUCUCCUCUCCUUGCACCCCUUCCUCUUUCCCCCUUCCUUCCCCCCUUCAGCCAACCCCUUCUCCCCCUUUCCUGCCUCACUUCCCUCUUCCCCUUCUGGUCCACAUCCACCCCCCCCUUUCCCUCUCCUCUCCUCCCCUUUUCCCCCUGGAUCCCUCUUGGCCACCCAGCCAGAAAAGAGAGAGAGAGAGAGAGAGAGAGAGAGAGAGAGAGGGAAGGCAGGAAAAAUCUCUGCUUUGCAUUCGGAUGGGAGGUUACUCAGAAACCAGAGCUACGAAUUGGGGCUCUUCUGUAUGGAAAGGCUGCUGAAGCUUUCAAGGGUGCUGAAGGAGACCAGAUAAUAAUGGCUGCAACUUAUUGGCACUACCACACAUGUAGCUGUAAACAUGACCUGACAUCCUGAAGAUUGUAUGCAUGGCCAUCAGCUGAUCUGGAGACCAUGGAGCUGAAAGUUUGGGUCGAUGGAGUCCAAAGGAUUGUUUGCGGAGUCACGGAAGUUACAACAUGCCAGGAAGUGGUUAUAGCGCUUGCCCAAGCUAUAGGUCGUACGGGGAGGUACACCCUGAUAGAAAAAUGGCGGGAUACGGAGAGACAUUUAGCACCUCACGAAAAUCCGAUCAUUUCUUUGAACAAAUGGGGGCAACACGCCAGCGACGUGCAGCUCGUCUUACGACGUACCGGGCCAUCGCUUAGCGAGCGGCCAACCUCGGACAGCGUAGCUCGGAUCCCAGAAAGGACUUUGUACCGGCAAAGCCUGCCUCCCUUGGCUAAACUCAGGCCUCAGAACGACAAGUCGAUCAAAAGGAGGGAGCCGAAACGCAAAUCGUUGACGUUCACCGGCGGGGCCAAAGGAUUGAUGGACAUUUUCGGGAAGAGCAAAGAGUCCGAGUUCAAACAGAAAGUCCUCCAUUGCAAGACCACGACAGAUGAGUUGAAAAAGCUCAUCCGUCUCCAGACGGAGAAGCUGCAGUCGGUGGAGAAACAGCUGGACUCGAACGAGGCCGAGAUCCGAUACUGGGAGCAGAAGUUCAGCUUCAGCCUGGAGGACGAAAUCCUCAAGCUGGAGCAGAAGCUCAAGAGGAACGAGGUGGAGAUCGAGGAAGAGGAGUUCUGGGAGAACGAGCUCCAGAUCGAGCAGGAGAACGAGAAGCAGCUGAAGGAGCAGCUCCAGGAAACCCGGCAGAGGAUCGCGGACUGCGAAAGCCGGCUGAGGGACUACGUGGCCCAGAUCCGCCACAUGGAAAGCGGCCUGGAGGCGGAAAAGUUGCAGCGGGAAGUCCAGGAGGCUCAAGUCAACGAAGAAGAAGUCCGAGAGAAGAUCGACAAAGUCAGAGGAGAACUCGAUCUCCACGGCCAGCAAAGCCUCCGGCUGGAAAACGGACUCAAAGCCGUGGAGAGAUCUCUCGGACAGGCGACCAAGCGGUUACAGGAAAGAGAACAAGAACUGGAGCAGCUGACGAAAGAACUGCGUCAAGUCAACCUUCAACAGUUCAUCCAGCAGACGGGGACGAAAGUCACGGUCCUUCCGGCUGAGCCUGUUGAAUUGGAGACGUCACACCCAGAGCUGGAGAAAGAACCCGUCUUUCAAACUAGCUCCCUCAAACGCCCGAGUUCCUCAAGGCAGCUUCCCAGCAACCUUCGGAUCUUGCAGAACCCGCUCUCCUCCGGUUUUAACCCCGAGGGCAUUUACGUAUAACAGCCCACAAGUUCUUCUUCUGGAGAGGACCUUUGAAGGUAACCAAGGACCGCAGCCCAUUUCCUCCUGCCGGGUUUCUUCUUCUCCCCGGGACCUAUGACGGAAGAAGACCCCCCCCACCAAAUCUGGCAUUCGAAAACUUAUCACACGGGGGGCAUUUCAUUGCCUGUUUUUUAAUCCGAUCGGCGACAAAACGUGGAGUCCCACGCCGGGCGCUGAUUAUACGACGAAGGACAAAAACGAACGGUGGAGGCCACCGCGGCCCGAACAGCCAUGUCAAAAUAGCUUUCUUUGUUUUGCUUUAAAAAAAAAAAAUUAUUAUUGCUAUUUCUGAAGCAUAAAUAUUUCUUAGCAGGCAUCCGUGGCGGAUCAGAGACCCACCCUCUUCCCCCCCUCCAAAAAAAUUGCUCACUCUGUAUGUCAGGGUUAUGUGGGGAAACGAUGGCCCUUUGAUGACGUGUGGACUUCAACUGCCAGAAUUCUUGAGCCAGCAUCGCUCUCAGGAAUCCUGGGAGUUGAAGUCCCUCGUGGCUCUCUCGGGGAAUUCUGGGAGUUGAAGUCCACACGUCAUCAAAGGGCCAUCGUUUCCUCUGUUCUACGCAGUUGGAUUAGGGAUUAAUUUGUGACGUGUGAAUGCGGGCAUAUCGUUUCUAGUCGCGGGUCUUGCUUUCGAGUAGGCCUGUAUUACUCACCCAUCCAUUUGGCUGUUGCUAAAGACGCCAUUUUGAAUUAAGUUUGUCCUUCUUCACUCCAGUGGUGGGUUGCUCCCGGUUCUGUCCGGUUCUUGCGAACCGGUAGUAAAAGUGGCAGGAGGCUCCGCCCACCCGCCCCCGGACGGCAUAAUGGACAAUCUGCGCAGGCGCAGAAGUUUCUGUGCAUGUGGAGAAGCACGCGAAGCAAGCAAGCAUGCACACUCCCGUUGUGAACCGGUAGUAAAGAUAAGUAGAACCCACCCCUGCUUCACUCCUAUGUAGCAUCAUUUACACCGUGUGUUGAUAAGAGCUUGGUAUAUCUUCCCCAGCCUGUUGCUCAUUAGGGGUGUGGUGAUGAAGGUGCAACUCAGAGUGAGGGAGCCUAAAUAUUAAAGAAAAGAAAGCAAACAUGCAGCAUCCUCCAGCUACUACUAGGUUGCAAGCUUUAGUAUGUUUCAUAAUUGGCCGUGCUAGGGAUGUCCACUCCUGUAAGGUGGCUGAUGACCAACCGCCUUUUGAAAGAGAGUUGAAGGACAAAAUGUUGGAUAAAGUCCCAUUUUAGGUCACGUAGAACUUGGGGUUUUGCCCCAUAAUGAUGCCAUGUCUCAGGGGUGAUAUGCUCCCAGUUCAGACCGGAUCGCCCAAUCCCUCCCCCCCACCCCCGGCAUUUUUCGGCAUUUUUGGCCGAAAAAAUGCUUUUAAAAGUAAAAAAAAAAAAAGCCUCUGAUGAUCG